AUGGCAAGAGGGCCACCGGGCAGCAUGGCGCCGCUCAGGCCAGUCGCCGGGCCGCCCCCAGCAUACAGCAAUGGCCAGCUGCGGCCACCAGGGCACCUGCCACCCGGACUACCAUCGGCGCAGCGGCCAGCCAUGGGGCAGCCUGGGCCAACAUUUCCUGGCCAACAGCGCCCAUCAAUGCAGCCAAUGGGUCCUCCAGGCAGCCAGCUCCCUCAGAGGCCCGCAUCAUUCCAGGGAGCUCCAAGAGGGCCCCCCGGCCCUGUGCCGCUUGCCAACGGGCAUGCCGGUAUGCGGCCGCCCUUCGGCACAGCCCAAGGGCCUCCUGCUGCACCGCCCUUCGGCGCGGCAGGGCCGCCGAUGCGUCCGGGGAUGCGGCCGCCCCCAAUGCGCCCAGGCACACCAACUUCACCACCACCCACAAGCAUCGGAGUGGCGGGGACCCCGCGGAGCGAUAGGCCUGGAGGCCAGCCGAUGCAGGGGGGGCCUCCGAGCUUCCAGUCGGUGGCGAGACCUCCCACACCAGGCAUCAGGUCAACGGGUGCGCCCAACUUUGGGGGCGCGGCCCCGCCCUUUCAGCCGAACCGGCCCACCCCACUUGGCGGCGGGGAGUUUGUGGAGGAUCGCGCAGCACCGGGUGCCAACCGGAUAGACCCAGCACAGAUGCCUCGUCCAAUUCCAGCAGAUCAGCAGCCCAUUCUCUUCGCAACGAGGAGAGAUGGAGAGCACCAGAUGCCGCCGCUCACCAGCACCAGAUACGUGGUGGCCGACAAGGGGGACUGCUCCCCCCGAUGCAUGCGCGCCACGCUCAACAACGUGCCCGCAACCGGCGAUCUGUGCCGCAUCGGUGCAAUGUCGUUGGCUGUCAUCAUCUGCCCCUUGGCUCUUCCUGAUCCCAGGGAUGACCCCUUGCAGGUGGUGGACUGCGGUGAGUCAGGGCCAGUGCGAUGCGUGGAAUGCAAGGCAUACAUGAACCCUCACAUGAGGUUCAUGGAUGCGGGACGCAGAUUUGUGUGCGGCUUCUGCGGCAGCACAACGCAGACGCCGCCCGAGUAUGUGGCGCACAUCGGCCCAGACGGCCGGCGCAGGGAUGCAGACGAGCGCCCCGAGCUCAGCAGCGGCUCAGUGGAAUUUGUGGCCCCUGAUCAGUUCAUGGUGCGACCGCCAAUGUUGCCCACGCACGUCUUCCUCAUAGAUGUAUCCUACCAAGCUGUCGCGUCAGGAGCCUGUGCGUCCGCAUGCGCGAGUAUCGCAGCGAUCCUGGAUGACUUGCAAGGUGGCGAGCGGGUGCAUGUGGGCAUCGUCACGUUUGAUGCCUCGGUGCAGUUUUACAGCCUGAGAGCAGAUCAGGCAGCCUUCCAAAUGCUGGUCAUGCCCGACGGCGAGCAGCCCUACUGCCCGGCAGCUCAUUCUUCCCUCAUUGUGGACAGCGUGCUGGAGCAGAUUCCAUCGCUGUUUGGGCAGAGUCAGGUGGUGGGUUCCUGCUUGGGUGGAGCAGUGGAUGCCUGCAUACAGCUGCUCAAGUUGGGCACGGGCGGCAAGCUACAUGUGUUUGCCAGCGCUCUGCCCAAGACGGGCAAGGCGGCACUGACCCAGCGGGCAGAGCAGACCGGGGACAAGGACCUGCAGAAGGUGCAGGAACCAGCCGUCAAGGCCUACCGAGAAAUGGCCGCCGACGCCGCCGAGUUCCAGAUAUCCAUAGACCUCUUCGUCAUGGCCCAGGCAUACAUCGACCUGGCCACCCUGCGCGAGCUCUGCCAGCAGACCGCUGGGCAGCUCUACUACUACUCCAACUUCGUGCCGGAAAUUGACGCAGACCAGCUGCAGAAUGACCUCCGAUGGAACGCCAUGCGCCCCCAGGGGUGGGAGGCGGUGGGGCGGCUGCGCGUAGGCGCUGGGCUGGAGGUGGAGCGGUAUGCGGGCAGCUUCUUCCGGCGCACCGACAGCGACAUGGACUUCCCCGCGCUGCACAGCGACCACUCCUUCGCGAUUCAGCUGCGCCACGACUCCGCGCUGUCCCCCGGCCGCCCUGCGCUGCUGCAGUUCGCCCUCGCCUACUCCACCACCUCCGGCCAGCGCCGCAUCCGGGUGCACACGCUGGCGCUGCCUGUGGUCGACAGCCUGGCGCAGGUCUUCCGAGGGGUGGAUCUGGAAGCGCAGCUCAGCCUCCUGGCUGUCAACCUUGCUGCCAAGGUGGACCCCUUCAAUGCACCCACGGUGCCCAACAGGACACUGGCUGCUGCCAAAGAGGGGGCGGCCAAGGCGACGGUGGACGUCCUGAACUCGUAUCGCAAGAACUGCUCAGGCCAGUCUGCUCCUGGGCAGCUGGUGCUGCCUGAAGCGCUCAAGCUGGCACCCCUGUACAACCUGUCGCUCUCCAAGUGCCCAGCCUUCAGGGUAGACACCUUGGCUGAUGUGAGAGCGCUGUGGCUGCAUCGGCUGGUGACGGUGCCCAUGGCAAAGCUGGUAAAUCUGCUGUACGGGCGGCUGUUGCCUUUGCACCACCUCCUGGCACAAGCCGCGGCGGGCCAAGAGCUGCCUGAAGGCGCUGCCUUGAUUUCCCAGCCCUGCUACGGACUCUCGGCCGAGAAGCUGAGGGAUGACGGCAUCUUCCUCUUUGAGAAUGGCGCAGACGCACUGCUCUACUUUGGCCCUCGCGUCGAACCUGGCCUGGUCCACGCUGUGCUAGGGCAGCAGAGCUUGGAUGCGCGCGGCAACAUGGAGGCAACCAGGCGGCCGCUGGCGCUGCCGCGGCUGGACACAGCCCCCAGCCGAGCGCUCCACUCCAUGCUGGACCAGCUGCGCAGCGAGCGCGGCGCCUACAUGUCCCUGCGCAUCGCCCGCCGGGGAGAUGCUGUGGAGGCAGCGUUCUACGCGAGUCUUGUGGAGGACAAGACAUCGGCAGGCUCCUCAUAUGUUGAGUUUCUUAUUUUGGUGCAUCGCCUUAUUGCAGACAGGAACAAGUAG